GAAAACGAGCACUGUGUGUUAGGUUGGUUGCUAGGAUACGGCUAUAUUAGGCCGAGCAAAAUAAACAGCGCGGAUUGUGAUAGAUGCGGUUUUAAAAGGUGGACACUGGCCGAUGAUAGACAAGAAAAACUAGUAUAAUGUCAGAUACCGAAAAAGAUCAAGGACCCAAGAGCACGUUUACCACUUAUAUGGCCGAAGGAGACCAGCUUUAUCAUAAAGGCGAAUACCUGAAAGCCACUGAAAGUUACACUACGGCAUUGACACUGCAGCCAAAUGACAAGAACUGCUUGGUGGCCCGAUCUAAGUGCUACGUGAAGAUGGGGGAUUCUGAAAAUGCGCUGCAGGAUGCCGAAGCAUCUCUCAAAGACGAUAAAGAAUUUUUUAAGGGUCUCUAUCAGAAAGCAGAGGCACUGUACGCUCUGGGGGACUUUGAAUUUGCUCUAGUGUUUUACCAUCGCGGCAACAGGCUGCGCCCAGGGCUCCAACAGUUCCGCCUGGGGAUACAGAAGGCUCAGGAGGCCAUUGACAAUUCAGUUGGCAGCCCUUCGUCAGUAAAACUGGAGAAUAAAGGAGAUCUGUCCGUCUUCCAUAAACCAGUUGAGGGUAAAAAGGGGAAGCUGAAGGGAUCAAUCCUACCCUCAAAGAAAGCGCAACAGCUGAGCCAAAAAGACCCCAAGAGCGGGAAGAUCUCCAGGCAGCUGCUGGGGGAGCUCCACAGUGAUAAGGAGUACCUGGAGAAGCUGCUGAAAGAUGAAGAUCUGGUCAAAGACAGAAUGCGGAAUGGAGAGAAGCUCCAGGACCUCAUUGUCGGCUGUCUCACCUACCUGGACACGCGCACAGAGUUCUGGCGUCAGCAGAAACCCAUAUACGCCCGGGAGCGGGACCGCAAGCUCAUGCGGCAGAAGUGGACCAGAACCCAGGUGUGCUCGGCUUCGAACACUGCCAGCUAUGUUUUGAAGAGCCUUGAGGAGAUCGAUGCAGCCCUGUCAUCAGGCAAUGCAAAGGGCAGCCUGAAGAAGGCUCGUGAGGUCCUUAAGACAGUGCAGAACUGGUCAGAAGGGACGGUGCCCAAUAAGGUGGAAGUGUUGGGUAACUUGCACAGCUGCAUCGGCAAUGCCUUGUUUGAUAUGGGUGAAAUGAAGAGGGCACUGGACAGUCACCAGAAAGACCUGGAGCUGGCCAGGGACGGAAAUCUUACGGACGCAAAAUCAAGAGCUCUGGACAACAUUGGGCGAGUCUAUGCCCGGAUUGGAAAGUUUCCUCAAGCCAUACAGGUCUGGGAGGAGAAGAUCCCUCUUGCUUAUAGUGCUCUGGAGAGGGCGUGGCUCUUCCACGAGAUCGGACGCUGUUACCUGGAGCUAAAACGGUACACGGAGGCCCGGGACUACGGCUCGCGCUCACUGGCUGCGGCAGACGACAUCGGAGAUCAGAAGUGGCGGCUGAAUGCCAGUGUGCUGGUGGCGCAGUCGGAGGGGGAGCUGGGUAAUUACAAGUCUAGCGUGGCCCACUUUGAGGAAGCUCUACUCCAAGCCAGCGUCUUGCAAGAUGAACCAGCUAGAGACGCAAUUCAGAAGGCUCUCUGUAAAGCAAGACAGCACGUAACUGAGUUGGAGAUGAAGCCACUUACUUGAAGAACACCAGGGAACUGGAUGAAAAUGCUGACCUAAGUAAAAAAAGGAGUAAAAAAGUGUGGUUUUGGGAGAUUAAAACCCGACAUAAAAUGAGACACGAGCAACUGCUAAUA